GUUGUUGGCGAGGAGGCGGAAGAAUGUAAUGCGCCUUCGAUGGGUUUGCAAUUCAGUUACAACCAUGGCAUCCGAUUGGAACGUAGUAGUGCAGUCGCCGUUAGUGAUUUCUACCCUUUCCAUCCUUUUGCUUCUUCUCCUGUGGUUCGUUUGGGAUGUGUUCGACAAGCGUGGUCCAACGUACACUGCCUUCCGGCAAUUUCCCGGACCACCGGUAUGGCCACUGAUCGGUACGAUGUAUCACACGCGCGGGCUGGAUGCGACCAAAGCGUUCGAUGCGUUCCGUCGCUGGACCUCCCAAUACGGUGGAUCGUACAAGCUGUGGCUUAAUCGGUACCUCUUCAUACUGAACAUAACGCGCUGCACAGAGGCGGAACCGUUUCUGAGUGGAUCUCGCAACACGGAAAAGAGCCUGCUGUAUCGGUUUAUGUAUCCGUUCAUCGGCAUCGGGCUGCUGAACAGUGCCGGUGCAAAGUGGCUCCAGCGAAGGCGCAUCCUAACGCCAACCUUUCACUUCAACAUCCUGAACGGCUUUCAUCGAACGUUCUGUGAGGAGAGCGAAAAGCUUGCGGCCAAGAUCGACUCCAAGUGGGAUGGGUGUGAGGGGGCAGCGGUUGAGAUUGAGUUACAGUCGGCAAUGUCCCAGCUAACGCUCAACACUAUUUGUGAAACCUCCAUGGGAGUGAAGCUGGACACGCUGGAUGGUGCAAAGGAGUAUCGGGAAGGCAUCUACCGGGUGGGCGAGAUGUUGCUGAACCGUGCCGUCCGUCCCUGGCUGUACGUGGACUGGACCUACUGGCUUUUGGGGUACUCGCGGCAACUUCAGCGUUUGCUGAAACCGCUUCAUCUCUUCACCGCUAGCAUCAUCGCUCAGCGCCGGGACCUUUUCGCCCAGGGUAAACUCAACGAUCUUAGCUCGUCGCAAGACGAAGAUCACUCGCUCUACAGUACCACCCCGGGGGGUAAGAAACGGUACGCCAUGCUCGACACACUCCUUACAGCGGAAAUGCAAGGCCAGAUCGAACCGGACGGUAUCCGCGAGGAGGUGGACACAUUCACGUUCGAAGGUCAUGACACAACCGGCUCAGCGCUCGUCUUCAUCCUGCUUACCCUGUCCUGGGAGCCAGAAAUUCAAACCCGUCUACAUCAAGAGCUCUCUCAACUUGCCACCCAAAACGAUCUCACCGAUGGACACCUCUCACCGAACGAUUUAAACUCAGCCAAAUUCUUCGAUCGUGUCAUCAAGGAAUGUCUUCGGCUGUGGCCACCGGUUGCGUUCAUCUCACGGAGCGUUACCGAAGAGAUCCACCUGCCGGACGGGCGGAUCAUACCGCAAGGAUGCAUUGCCAACCUGCACAUCUUCGAUCUGCACCGUGAUCCGGCCCAAUUUCCCGACCCGGAGCGGUUCGAUCCGGACCGGUUUCUUCCCGAAUGUGUGUCCCAAAGAAGCCCGUACGCGUACAUCCCGUUCAGUGCGGGUCCACGGAACUGCAUCGGCCAGAAGUACGCACUGCUGGAGGUGAAAACAGCUGUCGCCUAUCUGGUGCUGCGCUAUCGCAUCCUACCCGCCACGAAGCGCGAGGAAAUACGCUUCAUUGCGGAUCUUGUGUUGCGAUCGGCGACGCCACUCAAGGUUCGCUUUGAACGAAGAGAGAAUGCGUAAGGAAUAUUGCAGUUCCCCUCAUCAAUCGAUAGAGUUAUCUCGUCGCAAGUCGUUUGUUUACGUCCUGCUAGAGUGGGCAGUAGUAGCCCUCCACUAUCAGCUGUACAACGCCGUGGGUACGAACGAUCGUGAUUGGUUUGAGCAGAGUUGCCCUGAUUAUCAGUCGCGUUGACAAACAUUGAGUACGGCGUCUAGUAAAGCUACAAUUCAAUACUCAAUUUGAACGAAAAAUAAACAAUAAAAGCAAUCAACCACCAUCCCAA